AGACGAGUGAUUCAGCGCGAGGAGACGAACAGCGGAUUGCUUACGGUUUAUGGUCGAGAAGACACGCACCUGUUGAUUCUCAGGCGCACCCGCGAGUUUCCCGUUUCCGAGGACAAGCAGAGCGCACAAAUGACGGACGCUAUCUUUCCCAACGGCUGCAAGGCCAACGGGGCCGUGGAGAACGGCUACUUUAAAAAGGGCUGCAACCCACUGGCUCAGACUGGCCGCAGUAAGUUGCAGAAUCAGAGGGCCACCCUCAACCAGCAGAUCAUCAAGCAGAUGAGAAUGAGAGCAGGAGCAGAGAAUCUUCUCAAGGCGACGACCAAUAAUAAGGUGCGUGAGAGCGUGCUGCUGGAGCUCAGCUACGUCAACUCUAACCUGCAGCUCCUCAUGGAACAGCUGGAGGGCCUCAACAGCUCCGUGGAGGUCUACCAGAACGUCCAGGAGAGCGCCAGUAUUCCACUGAUUGCCCUGGGUCUUAAAGAGACAAAGGAUGUGGACUUCGCAGUGGCCUUUAAGGACUUCCUCCUUGAGCACUACAGUGAGGAUGGAAAUGACUUUCAAGAUGAGAUCGCUGACCUCAUGGACCAGAGACAGGCGUGUCGUACCCCUAGUCGAAGUGGUGAGGGGAUUGACUUGUUGGCCAACUACUUCAGUCAGCUCGCCCUGAUUGAGAGCAGAUUCUUCACCCCCAACCGCCAGAUCGGACUCUUCUUCACCUGGUACGACACAUUCACAGGCGUGCCGGUGUGUCAGCAAAAUGUCUCUCUGGAGCGUGCGAGCGUGUUGUUCAACAUGGCUGCCCUCUACACACAGAUUGCCACACGCUGCAACCGACAGACCAACACUGGAUUGCAUGAGGCCAUCACAGCCUUCCAGAGAGCCACAGGCGUGCUUCACCACCUGAAGGAGACGUUCACACACACCCCAAGCUACGACAUGAGUCCGGCCAUGCUGAGCAUGCUGAUGCGCAUGAUGCUGGCCCAGAUCCAGGAGUGUGUGUACGAGAAGAUCGCCCUGCCCGGCAUUCGCAACCACUUCCUCCUGCUGCUCAAGAUGGCCCAGGAGGCCGCCAAGGUGAGUGAGAUGUACGACAUCGCCCAUCAGUCUAUGAUACAGACGCCAAUCAAAGACAACGUGCCCCUGUUCUGGUCCACCAUGGCCCAGGUCAAGACCAGCCACUACCGCUCACUGGCUCACUACUUUACCGCCACCGCACUCCUCGACCAUCAGGUGAGUCCCAGUGAUGAUGAGGACCAGCAAGAGAAGGCCUUCUCCCAGCUGUACGACGCCAUGCCGGACGGUCAGCCUCCACUGGACAUCCUCAAGAGCCAGAAGGAGCGAGAGCGCAUCGGUAAGGCUCACCUGCGGCGUGCGAUCCUGGAGCACGAGGAGGCGUUGCGGAUCUUCCGUCUGUGCGGGGAGCUGCGACGUCUGGACAUCCUCAACGAAAUCCUGCAGGCCACACACAGACGCUCGCUCGCCAAGUUCACUCUGCACGAGGACGAGGACGAGGACCAGUUCACCGACUACAUGGAGGCUCCCGACAUCAACUCUAAGACGGAGCAGAAGGCGGAGAUGGAGCUCCCAGGGUCCACUAAGGUGAAAGUGACAGACCUUUUCCAUCGGCUGGGCCCACUGUCGGUGUUCUCAGCCAAGCAGCGCUGGACCGCCCCCCGCACCAUCCGGCUUCGCCCUGAGGACCGCGACCUGGGCUUCACGCUGAAGGGCGAAGGCCCUGUCCAGAUCCAGUCUCUUGACCCGCUCUGUCCGGGCGCGGUGGACGGGCUGCGCGAGGGCGACUACCUGGUGGCGGUGGGCGACGUGGACUGCAAGUGGAUGAGCGUGACGGAGGUGAUGCGUCUGCUGCGUGAUGUGGACGAGAGCGGAGUGGACAUCAGUGUGGUCAGCGUGAUGGACAACAGCCUGCCUCUGCCUCCCAAGAGCGCCACCUACUGUGGGGGUCUGCCCAAGACCUACUCCAUGAUCUGCCUGGCCUUCGACGACGAGGACAAGAACCCCAAGUCACGUAAGGUGACCAAGAAGAUGUCCUUCCUGAGCUGGGGCCUGAAGAACAAGCACAAGAGCGCCAGCACUCUGAGCCUGCCCACGGGCGACAGCGCCAACGCCAGCCUGCCCUGGCACAGAGCCAGCCCGCCUUUCCCCAGCUCCUACCACGACCACGACAGCGCACUGUACUAAAGAGAGCUCUCUCUCACACACACACACACACACACACACUCUCCCUCUCACACACACACACACACACACACACACACACACACACACACACACACACACACACACACACACAAACACAAACACCAUCCCCAGUUUCUACAACAGCACUCUACUAAAUACACACACACUCUCACAGAGUUCUACAAGAUUCACUCAACUAACACUAGAUUCUCCAGGACUGUACUGUACUGUGCAGGACAGGAUGGACAGUCUUUCAGACCUUAGGCUGCAACGGGCCUCUGAGACCCACAGGACUCUCCAUGUGUAGACCACACACACACUCCUCGGCCAUCGCUGCCACACACUGGCAGUGCCACACACACUGUCAAUUUCACACACACACACACACACACACUGGCAGUGCCACGCACACACACACACACACACAGACACCCUGGCAGUGCCACAUAGACAAAGGGGUGAAAUGAAGGAACCUGUAUAUUUGCACACACGUCCAUGUUGUUAUUUGACUUUGAACAGCCACAGGGUCUUGUGGCUCUUUGUGUUUCUCUUCUUCCUCUUCUCUCAUCCCUCUCUCCUCUUCUCCUCCCCUCCCUUCCUCUCUCCUCUUCUCCUCCCCUC